AUGAAAUCGAAAGAUGGUUUACUCUUUGGACAAGUAAAAACAUAUUCAGAUAAAUCCAAUAAUCUGAGUUUAUUUAUUUGUAAUAGCAUGAAUGAACCUUCAAAGGUAAGCUUGACUAAGGAAAUUUCAAAUCAGCAUUUUUGCAUAAGUGAACAAAAGAAAACACUUGACAAUAUUGACAACGCGAAUGAAAAAGGGAGUUGUAAAAUAUUCGUUGAUAGUGAACGGAGAAAUGGUGAGAAAAAUGACAUACACUCGUAUAGCAAAAAUUCAAAUGAUAAGGAAGGCAGUAAUGGCAAUGAAGGUAUCAAUAGCAAUGAAGACAUCAAUGAAAAUGAAGGUAUCAAUAGCAAUGAAGACAUCAAUGAAAAUGAAGGUAUCAAUGAAAAUGAAGGUAUCAAUGGUAAUGAAUGCAUCAAUGGUAAUGAAUGCAUCAAUGGUAAUGAAUGCAUCAAUGAAAAUGAAGGUAUCAAUGGUAAUGAAUGCAUCAAUGGCAAUAAAUGCAUCAAUGACAAUGAAGGUAUCAAUGGCAAUGAAGGCAGUAAUGAUAAUGAAGACAGUAAUGAUAAUGAUAAGGAGGUUAAUAAUAAAUUUGUUCAUAUAGGUAUAGACACAAGGUUUAGAAACAACGAGCAUAACAGUGACACAUGUGUGAGUAAUGACACUGCUCGUAAAAUGGAAAGAGUCAACGAAAUUUGCAAUGAAAGGAACAACGAAAUUAGCAGUGAAGAAAACAACGAAAUUAGCAGUGAAGAAAACAACGAAAUUAGCAGUGAAGAGAACAACGAAAUUAGCAGUGAAGAAAACAACGAAAUUAGCAGUGAAGAGAACAACGAAAUCAGCUAUCAGAUGAGCAACGUGACCCACCAUUUUGACGAUAUACUCAGAGGGGGAAGAAUUGAACCCAUUUGCGAACCCAUCAGAACCUCUGAUAAUUGUAACAAGAAUGAAGACACGUGCAGCAUAGAGAACAAGUUAUACUUUCAUAACAGUAACCACAAUAAUAAAAGAAACAAAAAGAAAGGAAUAGUAUAUGAUAACUGUCAUAAAAAUGGAAAGAACAAUUACAAUGUUAAAAACAAGAUAGAUAUGAAUGACAGGACUAAGGAAUGUAAUAUUAUGGAUGAUGAAUCCAAAGAAAGGUAUGAACUGAAUAGAGACAAAAAUGCUGAGCCAAAAGUGCAACCGUUCGCUAGAGAUAAAAGCAAUGCAUUGUAUAAAUCAGAAAAAGAAAAUGGAAAAAACGUAGUUAAGGUUAUUUACAGAGAACGAAUGGAAAAGUGUACCCUUGCAAAAAGGACAAAAAAUAAGGAAACAGCAAAAUUGAGAAAUGAAAACAUUAUUGCUAAUCCUAAUUUUUAUGAAAAGAAGAAAGGAAUGGAAAAAUAUGAAAAUUUCAACAAUUGUUCCAAUAUAUAUCCAGAAAAUACCAAUAAUAAAAUGGAAAAACUAAAUUAUCUAAAAGAAAUAUGUGAAAGGGGAACGAUGCAAAAACACAGUAAUAAUAAUGUAGAGCAGUUAGAUCAAAAUUUACAAAUUACGUCUCAUUUGAGGUUUCCAAAGGUAUCAAUGGACAAAAAUGUUAACCCAAAUUGUCAGUACAUAAAACGCGUUAAUUCGAAAAAAGAAAAUAAAGUUAAGAAUUUUACUAGAACAUUAUCACAUUUAAUAAAAAACAACAUAAAGGAAGGGAUAAAAAAUGAGGGGCCUCGAAUAUUGGCCCCAUCAGAUCAAUCAUGUUGUGACCCCAUUUCUGUAAUUCCAAGCAGUUUUUUGGAUGAAAAAAAUGAAAAUAAAAUAAAAAUAACAUACAACCAUUAUCAGGAUAGUCAAAAUAUGGAAAAUUCCUCUCAAACGAAGAGAAACAGUAGGGCAAAAAUUGAAACUUCUAAAUGUGUAAGCGAUCAAAUAAAAGAAAGUGAGCAUGUAACUAGUACAUACCACGUAGUACCAAACUCAAAUUACUCUUUUAAGGGAAAAAUUAAUAUCUCACAUGAUGACAAAAAUGAUGAAAUGUUUAAUAAUAAGUUUUAUGAUGCUAAUGGAAAUAAUACAUCUUUUGUAAAAGCGGAUCCUAUUUUUAAGGACUCCAAAGUGUUGCGUAAGGAAUCAUCUCUAAGCAAUUCAAACAACUUUUUUGCACAUAAUGAAUUAUUAUUACAAAAAAAUAAACAGGAAAGACUUAAUCUUAGUUCAAUAAAGUUUGAUGGUAGCCAAAAUAUUCAUAGCACAUGGUUAGGAAGUAAUUUGUCAAAAAUUAAAAGUAAAUAUAAUCCGGGAUUUUGUUCAAACGGAGUGAUUGAAAUAAAGAAUUGUGAGAAUGCUGAAAGAAGGAUUUGUUUGAGAGACAAUAACGAGAAGGGGGUUAGCCCCCCCACGAUGACCAUACCAAAUUAUUUUUCAAAUCGAAAUGAUAACUAUACAAAUUACAUAUUGAAGACUGAGGGGGAAGAGCAGAAUAAUGUGGAUAAUGACUUCGGCAUUGAUAAUGCUUUUAAUAAUGCAAAUAAUAAUGAUAAAAAAUGCAUUAAAAGUAACUAUAAUGACAUCAUAACGUUAGAGCAUAAAAUGAAUGGUUUUAUAAAUUUGAAACAAGUGAAUCCAGAAGAUGAACAAUUGAAAGAAGACAUAUUGGUUAAAACAACACAGUCGGGGAAUCAUUCACAAUCUGAAGUGACAAGUAACUAUGGUCCUUCCAUAUUUAAUGUUCAAAGUAGCUUAAAUAGGAACAGUAUGGUUAGUACUCAAGGAACAAAUGUUAUAGAUGGAAAAAAGUAUAGUCCUAAUGGCUAUGAUGAAAACUGUGGUAGAACCCUUUUUUGUUGUCCAGUGAAAGAAUCCACUGCUAUACCCAAACUUUCUCGGGCCAAAUCUUUAAUAAAUGUAUUAUUUAGGAGGAAAAAAAUAAGUCCAGAACAUGUCGAAAAAGUGAAGACUAACUCUAGAUGUGACAAAAAACUAGUGAAAAGUAGCUUUGAUAAUACCAAAAAGAUUAUAUCAUCGAGUAGAUAUUCUGUUAGUUUGAAACAAGAUGAGAAACCUGAUUUAUCUAGAACAAGAAGUUCAGAAAAAGAAAAAAAAAUGAAUUUGUAUGUUUCAAAUGUAACUAGCCCAUCAACAAGGUUAUACACAAAUUGCUCUAGCUUUUCUAACGAAAAAUUAAAGGGGGAAAAAAGAAAAAAUGUUACUAAAUUGUAUAAGGUACCGAUGAGUCUACCUAGAUAUGGUAAUAGAAGAAUUUCCACUAAAAGGAACAAUGUUUUAAUGAAUAAUACACCACCACCCUCCAACAGUACAUUUUACCCUAAGUGUGAACUUAUAUGCAAACUUCCGAGAGAAACAUUCACAGAUUAUGUUCAUGGCAAAAAAUGUUAA